AUGGGCCACUGGGAGAUAACCAUCACUAGUAAUUUGCACAAACGAAGUGAAGUUACCGGCACUGAUUCCUUGGGUGUCGUUUUCGAUCUUCUGGGUGACCAGGUCGUCGGGAAACAACUCCGACAAUGGAAGAUUAAAGUUGCCAAUAAUUUGGAUACGAGGUAUGGAGCGAACCGAAAACUCUUCUUCCAGAUCAAAUCGGCCGCGCCGUAUCUCUGUACUUCAUCACAGAAGCUCUAUCGGUUUGUGCGCCAGAGCCUUGGGGUGGCGAUGCAUCGCGGUCUGGUGGAUCGUCCAUCCUAUGAUCCGGCAAAAAGAAUUGCCAAAGAAUCAAUCGAGUCGAAUAUCCGCAAGAUAUAUGCGGCUUUACGAGCGGAGGAUUUUCGUCAAGUUAUUCUAAGCUGCUAUAGUAUUCCUCAACAGGGGCCCGCGUAA